AUGUCCAUCGAUCCUCUCACUGCAACAGCGUCCGAGCUGCAGGCUAGAUUGACAGCCAAAGCCGUUACCAGCAAAGAUCUUGUUGACUUGUAUCUGGGCCAGAUAGCACGGCACAAUGACUAUCUCAAGGCGAUUAUCGCUACGACGCCUAGAGACUUGCUUUACCAGCGAGCUGUAGACCUCGACAAGGAGCGCGCAGAUGGUGUGUUUCGCGGACCGCUUCAUGGUAUACCUGUCCUCCUCAAGGACAACAUCGCGUCAGCUCCAGAACUAGGGUUGCCAACUACAUGCGGCAGCCUAGCACUCGUAGGCUCAAAGCCAUCAAAGAAUGCUGCCGUAGUCAGUCGUCUCAUAGCUGCUGGUGCAAUUAUUCUUGGCAAGGCGAAUCUCUCGGUAGGUACUAUCGAGCUCGCCGACUCUGGUUGGUCUGCAGUAGGUGGACAGACCCAAUCACCCUAUGUGAGAGGUGGUUUUCGUGAGGAUGAUUCGAAUGGCGGUCACAGUAAUCCCGGCGGUUCGUCAAGUGGCUCGGCCGUCGGCGUUGCGGCAGGCUUCGCUCCCAUUUCCAUCGGCACCGAAACCAUGGGCUCGCUCAUGAUGCCAAGCGAUCGAGCAGCCCUAUAUACCAUCAAGCCUACGCUCAAAAUUGUCCCACAAGACGGAAUGAUCCCGGUAACGCUUGAGGCGGACUCGGCAGGACCUAUGACAAAGUCUGUUAUGGAUCUUGCAGACCUCCUUGACGUUCUUGUUGAUGCGAGCAAGACGACGGUCCCGAAAGGCGGUUACAAGUCCGCCGUGACUGGAUCAUGGGGGGAUAUCAAGAUAGGUUAUGUUGAGCCCGAGAAAUGGCUGUUCCCUGAAUUCAUCGUAAAAUACGAGAAGUCAGCAACGGAUCAGAUGUUACGUGACUGGAGAUCUGCAUUUGAUAGACUCAGAUCUGUGGCCAAAGUCGUCAAACCUGUCGAGCUGGUCUCAAUCGAUGAGGAAACAGAGGGCGGCAAGCGAGAUAUAUUCAACGCGUUCCAUUGGACCUUCAAGGGCCUCCUUGAGGAUUACCUAGCGAGCAUCAAAGGUUGCAAGAUCAGCACGCUCGAGGAACUCAUCAAAUUUAAUGAGGAACAUGCUGAUCAAGAGCUCCCACCAAGCGCGAGUAACCAAGCGGGCCUUAUCAGAGCUUUGAACACCAACAUGACAGACGACGAAUACCACAAUAUCAUUCGAUAUGCUCGUACAAGAUGCGGUAAGGACGGUAUUGAUAAGGUACUCGAGGAGAAUGACGUCGACAUCAUCAUGGGCCCUGGAGAUGGUCCGAUGUUCACCAUAGCUGGCACAGCCGGGUAUCCAUCUGCAACUUUACCGCUCGGUUACCUUGACUUCAACGGUAGGCCUUUCGGUCUGCAAAUAAUCGCAAAAGCCCACCAGGAAGCUCUCUUGAUACAAGCUCAAAGCGCUUGGGAAUCCACUUUUCCUAGUCGUCAACCACCACCACUGGAUGAGAUAGAUCCACAGAGGACUUGAAAGUUCCAUCGAUCCAUUGGUAUCUUCAAGGCGUCGAGUAGGUUUCGUUUCGC